AUGGAGACGCUGAGCGGCCCCGCGGGCGGCGCCCCGGACGCCAAGCCGCAGCCGCCCGGCGCCCGCCACCCGCUCCUCCUGCGCCCGCCGGCCGAGCGCAGGCGGCUGCACCGCGAGCCCUCGCCCGCCCGCCCCGCAACCUGGGCCCCGGGCCCCGCGCCCGCCGCUUUGCGCGCCCCGGUUCUCGCGGGCCGCCCGCCGUCGUCCUCGGGGCCCCCUGCCCAGCCCGGCAGCCUUUCCCGGCGCAGCACCGGCGUCCCGGGCGCGAAGGACAAGCCGCCGCCGGGCUUCGGGACCAGGACUGCGAGCGGCGCCAAGGCCGCCCUGGGAGCCCGCAAGGCGGCGCGCGCGGUGCCCAACGAGCCGCUGCCCCGCGCCGCGAAGCCGCCGGGGCCCGUGCCGCCCGGAGCCGCCGCCAAGGCCCACAGGGCUAAACGCGAACCCGGGGCGGCCCCCUCCCGCGCCCUUGCCUCCCCGAGCCCCACCGCCCGCGCCCCCAACGCGCGCCUCGCCGGGGCCCCGGGUGCGCGCGCGGGCCACACAGACAGCAGCUCUGAUCUCUCCGACUGCGCCUCUGAGCCGCCCGCCGCCGGCAGCGACGCCGAGUCCGGCACCGGCUCCAGCGACCGCGAGCCCGCGCGGGGGGCGCCGCCCGGCAGCCCCGAGACCCUCGCGCUCCUCGCCGCGCCCGCCGCCGGCCUCGGGGGCCGCAGCAGCCCUGGCGGGGUCCCCCCAGGGUCUCCGGGGCGCGGCGCGGUGGACGAUGGCGAGGGGCGCGUGCCGCCCGAGCGAGCGGUCCCGGGGACCCCACAGGAGUCCGGCCCGGGCCUGCAGCCGCGGCUCGGGCCGAGCUUGGAGGAGGAGGAGCUGCUUCGGGAGAUGGAGGAGCUGCGCUCAGAGAACGACUACCUCAAGGAUGAGCUGGAUGAACUCCGUGCCGAGAUGGAGGAGAUGAGAGACAGCUAUUUGGAGGAAGACGUGUACCAGCUGCAGGAACUUCGGCGAGAGCUGGACCGAGCUAACAAAAACUGCCGCAUCCUGCAGUACCGACUCCGGAAGGCCGAGCAGAAGAGCCUGAAAGUAGCAGAGACCGGGCAGGUGGACGGCGAGCUUAUCAGGAGUCUGGAGCAGGACCUGAAGGUAGCCAAAGACGUGUCUGUGCGGCUGCACCAUGAGCUAGAGACUGUGGAGGAGAAGCGGACUAGAGCUGAGGAUGAGAACGAGACGCUGCGGCAGCAGGUGAUCGAGGUGGAGAUAGCCAGGCAGGCCCUGCAGAACGAGCUGGAAAGGCAGAAGGAGAGUUUCCUGAAGAGAAGAGGCAGUCGGGAAAUGUACAAGGAGAAGAAAACCCUCAGCCAGGAUGACAGUGCCGACCUGAAGUGCCAGCUUCAGUUUGCCAAAGAAGAGGCCUCGCUGAUGCGCAAGAAAAUGGCCAAGCUGUGCAGGGAGAAGGACGAGCUGGAGCAGGAGCUGCAGAAGUACAAGUCCCUCUAUGGGGACGUGGACAGCCCCCUGCCCACUGGGGAGGCCGGCGGGCCCCCCAGCACGCGAGAGGCUGAGCUGAAGCUGCGGCUCAGGCUGGUGGAGGAGGAAGCCAACAUCCUGGGCCGCAAGAUUGUGGAGCUGGAGGUGGAGAACCGGGGCCUCAAGGCGGAGAUGGAGGACCUGCAGGUCCAGCACAAGCAGGAGGGAGCUGGCCAGGACCGUGUGCCCCGUGCCCCGACCUCACCCUUCGGGGACUCCCUGGAAUCCUGUGCCGAGCUGCGCCGGCACCUGCAGUUUGUGGAGGAGGAGGCCACACUGCUGCGGAGGUCCAUCUCCGAGAUCGCGGCCCACAACCAGCAGCUGACCCACGAGCUGAGCAAAUUCAAGUUCGAGCCCUGCCCGGAGCCAGGGUGGCGCAGGGACAGCCUGGGGAAGGGCACCAUGGCCCCGCUGCAGGAGGAACUGCGGUCAGCCAGGCUGCAGAUCAGCAAGCUCAGCGGGAAGGUGCUCAAGCUGCAGAGCGAGAACCUGGCGAUGCUGUCCAGUGCCCACCUCGGGCUGCAGGCCCCGAGCCCCCGUGACAGCGACGCCAACAGCGACACCGGCCAGAAGGAGAGUGACGUGGAGGACGGCCGCCUGCCCCAGCCCAAGCGGGAGGGCCCUGUGGGUGGGGAGAGCGACUCGGAUGAGACGGUCGAGAAGACGUCAGGCUUCGGGAGCCGAAAGCCGUCGGAGGCCAGCGAGCCCUGCCUGGCGGAGCUUCGGGGGCCCAAGGACGCCGAGCACCUGGUGGCCCUGAAGCGCAAGGCCCAGCAGCUGGAGCGCACCAUGGAGCACCUCAUCACCGACACCGACAGUUUCCUCCGGAACUCACCUGGGCUCCAGGCUGAGGGCGAGAGGGCCCUCGGGGGCCAGGACGAGCCUCACCUGCUGGGGGCCAUCAACAGGAAGAUGAAGGCCUUCCGGAAGGAGCUGCAGGCCUUCCUGGAGCAGGUGGCCCGCCUCGGGGACAGCCUGUCAGCCCUGCCCCACCACACGGAGUCAUCCAGCUUCCUGUCCACCGUGACCUCCAUGCCCCGGGACUCCCCUGUUGGGAACCUGGGGAAGGAGCUGGGCCCCGACGUGCAGUCCAGAAUGAGAGACCAGCAGGAGUGGCGGCUGGGGCCAGACCGAGGGGAGGACCACGACAGCGCGCACCUCCACACUGCACAGGAGCUGCACCGCCGGGCCGAUGGGGACACCGGGAGCCACUGUCCAGGAGGCCAGAGCUGCUUCAGUCCCAAGAUGGAGGAGGAGCACCUGUACGCACUGCGCUGGAAGGAGCUGGAGAUGCAGAGCCUGGCGCUGCAGAGCACACUGCACACACGCACCUGGGGCGAGGAGCGGAUGCUGCUGCAGCAGGAGCUGGGGGUGCUGAGGCAGAGCAUCUUCCUCUUCUACCUCAAGCUGCGGUGGCUGCUGAAGCACUGGCGGCAGGCGAAGCAGGCAGGCGGCAGUGGGGAGGACGGCGCAGAGGGCGAGCAUCCAGAGACCCUCCCCAGGCUCGGGGAGCUCGGAGUCCAGGGGUGCCUCCAGGCAGACGGGCUGGAGCACAGUGACGGUGACCGAGGCUGUGCCUUUCCGGUGGGGGAGGCUGCUCCAUGCGCCCCAGUGCAGAUCGGCGACCACGCAUCGCGGCUGCAGACUGUGGACGGGGCGCCACUCCACAGGCAGGUGGAGCACUGGCAGCUGUUCAGCACCCUCAAGGCCCUGCUGGAGGACUUCCGCUCCGAGCUGUGGGAGGACGAACUGGCCCGGCGGCGCCUGCAGCAGCAGUACGCCAGCGACAAGGCGGCCUGGGACGUGGAGUGGGCUGUGCUCAAGUGCCGCCUGCAGCAGCUGGAGGAGAAGACAGAGAAGAGCCUGGGUGAGCCCGACGCCGUGGUGGAGAGCAAGGGCGCACUGAAGAGGGAGCGGGAGGCGCACCAGAAGCUGCUGGCCGACAGCCACGGCCUGGUCCUGGACCUGCGCUGGCAGAUGCACCACCGCGAGAAGAGUUGGAGGCGCGAGAAGAUGGAGCUGCUCGAGCGCCUGGACCGAGAGCGGCGUGCUUGGGAGCAGCAGCAGCAGGAGCUGGCCUGGAGGAUAGAGCAGUUGCAGAAAGAGAGCAGUCCCCAGAGAGGCGGCAGUUUCCCCUGUGAUCAAAAAGGAGGCAACCUGCGCCCCUCUCCCCACCCCGGAGGAGCUCGCGGGUCGCGGCCUCUGUCUGCGUGGCACUGUGAGGUCACGGACUCUGCACCGCGUGAGGACCAGCCACUGUCCAAGCUGAAGGAGUCGGACAGGUGCUCGGCCAGCGAGAACCUCUACCUGGAUGCCCUGUCCCUGGACACUGAGCAGGAGGAGCCGCCCCGACCCCGAGGGCCCAAGAGGACCUUCAGGAGCCACCUCCCCAAGGAAGAAGACAAUCACAAGAGAAAUCUUCAAAGGGCCAUGUCUGUGUCCUCCAUGUCCGAGUUCCAGCGCCUAAUGGAUGUGUCCCCCUUCCUGCCGGAGAGGGGCCUGGCGCCAGCCAGCAGCCGGGACGACGUCACCCCGCCCCUGUCCCCCGAUGACCUGAAGUACAUCGAGGAGUUCAACAGCGAGAGCUGGGGCUAUGAGGUGGCCCCCAGGGCCGGCCUCGAGCGGCCCCCGGACUCCUGGGCAGACAGGACCGAGGGCGGGCGGGUGGGACAGGAGACCCCGGCAGAGCCCUUCCCCUCCUCCUCCUGGUACCUGACCACGAGUGUCACCAUGCCCACGGACACCGUGAGCAGCCCCGAGCACUGCCGGAAGCAGGCGCUGCACAGCCACAUCAUUGCCGAGCCAUCGAGGGUGCGUGUGCUGCACAGCCCGCCUGCCAUCCGCAGGGUGGACAGCAUUGGGCCCGCAGCAGGUGCCGAGGGCAGGGGCCGACUGGACCCUGAGGGCCCCUCACCCUCGGGCAGAGCCAGGGGGAGCCUUGCAGAGGCCAAGGAACCUCCCACACCGGGCAGGUGGCCCUGCACCCCUGCCAGACAGCCCCGAGACCAUGUGGAGGGGGCCCUGUGCCCGCUCGACCUCCCUCUCUGUGCCCCACUGGGGCUCGCGUCCCCGCCGCACAGCCUGGACAUGGCCAAGAACAUGAGCGAUGACACGAAGGCAGCGGCCUUCUCUGUCAGGAACGCCCUGUGCUCCGGGCCCCCAAGGCCGCGCGUCAAGGACAUGGCCUGCCAGACAAACGGGUCCCGCGUGGCGGGGACGCAGGCCGUGCAGACAGUCAGCGUGGGCCUGCAGACUGAAGCCCUGCGCACCGGCACCAUCACCAGCAGCCCCCACCGCUGCCUCACCCCAAAGGCGGGGGGCGGUGCCACUCCCGUGUCAUCCCCGUCCCGGAGCCUUAGGAGCAGGCAGGUGGCCCCUGCCAUCGAGAAGGUCCAGGCCAAGUUUGAGCGCACCUGCUGCUCCCCCAAGUACGGGUCCCCCAAGCUGCAGAGGAAGCCCCUCCCCAAAGCUGACCAGCCAGGCAGCAGGACCUCGGCAGGGGCCGGCCAGAAGGGGUUCAGCGAGUCGGCCUGGGCCCGCUCCACCACCACGCGGGAAAGCCCAGUGCACACCACCAUCAACGACGGCCUCUCUAGCCUGUUCAGCAUCAUCGACCACAGCCCGGCCAUGCAGGACGCCUUCCAGAAGGGUGCUCGGGCCGGGUCCCGGCCAGAGCUGGGCCCUGGCCAGGAAACGGGCCCGGGUUCCCAGGGAAGGUUGCCCAGCCCACUGGGCAUGGGCACAGAGACGAUGGGCAGGGAGGACAGGGGGGAGGGCACACCUGUGAGGCAGGACCUGUCCGCACCCCCUGGCUACACGCUGGCCGAGAGCGUGGCGCGGAUCCUCAACAGGAAGCUGCUGGAGCACGCCUUAAAGGAGGACAGGAGGCAGGCUGCCCACGGCCUGGCGCUCAACAGCGACAGCCUUCCAGGAGAAGCGGCCUCAGCUGAGCCAGGGGCCAUAGAGGAGCUGCCCUGUUCCGCCCGUGCCCCGUCCCUAGAGCCCUGCUUCUCCAGGCCCGAGAGACCAGCCAACCGCCGCCUGCCUUCCAGAUGGGCCCCGCCUGACCCCACCGCCUCGGGGUGUCCGUCCCCCGGAAACGCGGCAUCCCUGGAGGAGCUCGGGGACAGCGAGGAUGGGCCCGAGGAGAAGCCGCAGCCGUGACACCAGCCUGACGGCCUCCGGAGCCUCCUGCACGCCGGGUCACAGUGGCGUGUCUCCCGCACAGCUGCCGCACGUCCGCCUGACGGACGUCUCUGGGAUGGACAGUGAAUGUGCCUGAAAUGACUUCAUUCUUUUCCUAGCUCAGAAAAAUAUUUUUGUCUCCAUCUUUUUUACACACAGUAUAUUAAACAGAAAAGGUAAAUAAGGUUAUAAAUAGAUUUAAAAUAUAAGUUUUAAAAGUGUACCUUUUAAGAGAUUCUGCUCCCCCUCGCUCCCGACCCCAGAGGCGCCUCUGUUAAAUCCGCAUCGUUCCCUUUGGGUUGGGCUUCUCUCCACGUUGGACGUAGAGCGUUUUUAAGUUAACUGUAUUUUACCCAUGCUGAUGUUUUUUAGGCAUUUUAAAAAAUGCUCGGAACUGUCUGAUUCUGUGAACUUUCCGGGGUGCAAAGCCCUGAGGCCGGCAGCCUGUGGGGGAGGCCAGCCGUUUGGGGUGGACCCAGUCUUCAUUCAGGCCCGCUGCAUGAACAUCUGCUGCCCUGCCCGCCUCCUGUGGUCCCUCCCGUCCUCUCCGAUCCUCCUGAAGACCCUGUGCUGCUCUGUUAUUGUUGGUCCCCUCGCGCGACAACAGGGCCUUUUGAAAUUAUUGUUAAGAGAUUAACUGGCAAUGUA